GAGCCUUCCUCGCGUCGACGCGCAGUUUGCGACCUCGUGUCCGAGAAAAGUGAUUGUUGACGUCGUUCGCGUGCAGUAUAUUGCUUUGUUCUCAACGUGGAGCGCGUAUGAUUCGGAGCUGUGGUAUGGUAAUUAAUGUCACAAUGAACAUCCGACUUAUCGUCGCGAUUCCGCCGCGCGAUUAACAUGUCGAGGUCGACGACACAAGCCGUCUACCGAAUGUUGCGCAUCGUAGAGUGAGCGGGCAAUAACCCAGAAGAUAUGCGGGCGACAAUUCGCAAUAGCUUUCUCGCGGUCAUCCUAUGUUCUUUGACUGGAGUCUCGGCUUCACAUUGUUAUUCGGAGUACUGCCAGAAAUCGGCUAACUUAACACAGGAUGUCCGAUGUAUAUUAACGUCAGUAGAAAAAGGGGAAGGUUGCGAAAAGCUAAAAUUCGAGGAUGCUGGAAAGUCAUUAAAGCGGGAUGGCAUCGCAAUUUUUACGUUGCACGCUUAUGUGAAUAAAAAUUUGAAAAAAAAAGAUGAUUCCCAGCAGGCGACUGCUUUCAACUUGUCGGUUUCGGAUAUCAAUUUUCAUAGAUUAAUUACGCGUUAUCAAAACAUCGUGGAGAGUAAAGAGAACGCAUGCAGGCACAUAGAGUUAUACGGGAACGACAAUCACCCAGUGCCUAAGCACUUAUAUGUGUCAUGUCCGUUCUCUGAUGCUGCAUACGAGGGAUCACCGUAUCGUUUGGAGUAUACGGCGAUCGGGGAAGAUUUUGUGUACAGCAGAAAAUACGUAUUCUAUGUGCCGAAUCAUGAAUUUAUCGAAAAUAGUGUCCAGAUCGAGAAAUUUACGCCCUUCAUAUAUAUCGACAUUUCUGAUCAAUCAAAUGCGGCAUUGUACAUACAACCGCUCCCGUCGACGUACAACGUGACGGAAUACAAGGUGUGGCUGAUUAGUAACGAUACGAAGUCGACGCUCACGACGAUCGUCCCCGCCAACGAAGACCACGGGCAUAUACGGCUCAACCUCUUAGCACCAGACGGCGCCUAUUAUGUUAAAGUCGCGGCCUUGCAUCCCGAAUGCGGCGAGCACGGAUGUGCGAACAGCACAUCGCCCUAUGUACACAUAAAACACGCGUCUCAUCGACUGUUAAUUAUGAUAAUCAGCUUAGUAUGGAUACCACCGGUAUUAUUAUACGCGCUGUAUCACGCAUUUAAAUUAUACAGAAAGAAAGUUUUAAAAAGAGUGGCUAUGAAGCCGAACUGCUUACUAGUAUACUCACCGACACAUCCGUCACACGUAAAUGUGAUGGCUGAGUUAACAAAAUAUCUACGAUAUUGUAAUAUCAAUGCAAUGAUCGACAUGUUUGAUAUUGCAGAAACUGCCAGCAAAGAUCCAGGACUCUGGUGUAACACCGCGUUUCAGACGGCGGAUGUUGUAUUGGUCGUGACAUCCCCGCCGACAUCUGCGAAAUUCGAUGCGACAAUCAUUUAUCGAAACGUAGACAACCACCUGUUGCGAUUGCUGAAGGAGAACUAUCCUCGGAGAAAUAAGAGGUAUUAUGCGAUACACCUGCCGUAUUGCAAGUCGGACCAUAUACCAGAGGAGGCACGGUUCUUCAAGAAGUUUCGCGUACCCGAGGACCUAGCUAGGCUCGUGAAGACGAUCCACGGAAUUGCUUGUCUAAGAUUCCUUACAGCGUCUAAUCGGGAGCUGCUUGAGAGCAUCAGAUUCGCUACGGCGAAGAUAUCCGAGGAUGAAGCCUCGAGCGUGAUAAAAAAUAUCGAGGAGACCGACGAUUUGUUAUUACCGAUCGUUGUACAAGAGACUGCAAAUUGCAACAUCGAGAUUUCUAGGCCUGACACACCAGAUAACGAUGUCAUACCUCAGUCUUUCACGAUUUGUAUCGACGAACUGAAUCUACUCGGUGAGACUGAAGAUCAGAAGUCUUUCGGCAUUAAUUCCACGAGGAACGAUUGCGAGUUUCGCAUAGAUAAAUUGAAUUUGUGAUUUUUUUUAUAUAUGUAUGAAUAGUUUUUAGCACAAAGGGUUUUCUUAUUAUUUUUUUAUCGAUUGAUUU